AUGCGCCAAUUUCAAUCCUUCAGUAGCACCGUCGAAUCAAGUUCACUAGAGCCUCAAAAGCCGGCCAGUUCGGUCGAUCUUUAUGCAGAACCGGAGAACUUCUUGGAAAUCGAAGUUGCGAACCCGAAAACGCAUUUACCGCACAAUGAUCAACGUGGAAUGUAUACAGACUAUGAAAUAAUCUGUCGAACCAACUUGCCGUCAUUUUCAAAACGUUUAAGCAAUGUUCGUAGACGAUACUCUGAAUUUGAGCUUUUUCGCAAAUGUUUGCUUAAGGAACUUUCGCUUUCUAGUCAUCCCAAAGUCGUUGUGCCAAAUCUACCGGGAAAGAUUAUCCUGGGCAACCGUUUCAGUGAUGAGGUUAUAGAAGAACGCAAGGAGGAUCUCAACAAGUGGAUGAACGCGGUGGCAGGCCACCCGUUGCUACAAACCGGAUCCAAAGUGCUCGUUAGAUUUAUCGAGAAUCCGAAAUUUACAGGUUAA